AUUCGUCUCCACAUCCCAGGAACGCAUACUCGAGAUGCUGACGAAAAUGGGGAGCAAAUGGAAGUUGAUGGCGAAGACGAAGAGACAUCAGCUGCGAAGGCAUUUCAUGAUAUGAUCAAGGAGAAUGCCGAUGUUGGCGAGGUAUGUGCUGAUCUUCCCAACGGAUUCCGUGUUUCAGACCCUCACUUGCUGAUCAGAGGGCGAUAUGACAUUGACAUGUUCCUGGAUUGUUUGCGGUUACGCGGGAAAACCUACGAGUACAAGAUUAACUAUACCUCAAUAUCGAGACUAUUCCUUCUUCCUCGUCCCGAUGAUAUGCACAUUCUCCUUGUGCUGGGCUUGGAUCCUCCAAUGCGACAAGGCCAGACCAGAUACCCAUUUUUUGUCCUUCAGUUCAGUCGAGAUGAUGAAAUUGAAAUGGAGUUGCAAAUGGACGAGUAUGUCUUCGCCUAUUCUACGUACGAAGGAAACCUCAAGGAGAAAUACGAGCAACCAGCCCAUGAGGUUGUUUCGCACGUUCUCCGUGGCCUCAGCAAAAAGAAGAUCACUGCCCCAUCGGGAUCGUUCCAGAGUCGAGAUUCGCAUAAUAGUAUCAAGGCCAAUGUGAAAGCAGCGCAGGGUGACCUGUACUUCCUUGAGAAGGCACUUCUGUUCUUGGUUAAACCCACUACCUUUAUCGAAUACGACAGCAUUUCGUCGGUUGUUUUCUCUCGGGUCGGUGGUGCUAUGGCUUCUGCCCGUACAUUCGACAUCAAAGUGCUUACCAAGGGGGGACAAGAAACUACCUUUUCCUCCAUCAAUAAGGAGGAGCACGAGCUCAUUGAGACAUUCUUACGCAGCAAAAAGCUCCGGAUUAAGAAUGAGAUGAAUGAAGAGAUUCUCGUUGCUGCCCAACUCGAUGACAGCGACGAUGAUAUGGAGUCGGACACAGAAUCUGUAGAGGCCCCAAAGCGUGGCCCCCGUGUGGACGCCGAUGAGGAUAGCGAAGAAGGUAGGCUUGCGAAGUAG